UGCUAUACAUACUAUACAUGGCCACCAUGGACCCUGAUCCCUGAGCCUCGGAACAUUUGCCCCGUGUUGUUGUGCCUUGAGCUUGCUUCCCCGUAUGACCAGACCUGUCCUCCUUUUGCACACUCACAUAAACACACACACACACACACACACACACAUACAUACACAUCCACGCACUUGCGCCAUCAUCACCCACUUCUCCUCUCACGCCUGCUCUCACCGCCGCUGCCUUCUUACGACAUCAAGGGUAUACGUACAUUUCGCUCAAAACUGCCGCCGAAGCGAUCGGGGCCGAGGACUCCACCGCCACUCAGUCACUACAUCAUCACCACCAGUCGGACUUUAGGGGCCUGCGAGACAACACGCGCACGUCGCCUCCGGACCUGUCGCGGGCCAUGACGAGGUGAUGGAACAAGUGAUUCCCAAAGACUCGCCGCUGGCAGAGCUUCUCGAAGGAACCGGUCGAGGUUCCACCCCACCCUCUCCCACAACCUCCUCACCACCUGCACACGCUCCCGACUUUGCCCCCCGUGGGCCUUCGACACUGCAGUCACGUAUACGGGACAAGCUCCCGCGCCCGUUGAGCGUUCCCACAUCCCACCAUGGCUCCGUGUCGCGCAUUCAUAGCGCUUGCUCGAAAGCCCUCAAUUCCCGACUCGGCCGCUCCGACAACCAGCGUUUCCUCGAACACUUUCGUUAUCUCAUCGUUGCUUCCCAGCUGCUGAAUGAGCCCGGCGGUUUGCGAACGGCCGGUCUCCCCAGCUUCGCCGCUGCAAAUGGCCCCGCUGGGCCGCUGGAUUUUCAUGUGGCCACUGUCAGCGUCAAUGGUGCCUUUCUCACGGCCGCGACAGCCUUCAUGCUAGUCUGGGUUAUCCACUGGUCUCGCAGGCGAGCCAGCAAGAUGCGCAUCGCAGUGGUGCUGUUGGUAUUCGCUGCUAUAGCCACGGCCGUGUACACCUAUCUUCGUCGCCAAAGGCUCCAAUACCUGCGUCACCAGGCUGUAGAUGGUGUUUCUACCCUCGUCACAAACCUUCAAGCAUUCGAAGCUUCGACGUCAUCAGCCCUUGCAUUGAUUCAAGAGGUGGAACUCGUUUCAAGGGGAUACCGGUUAAGUAGCCCUCUGCCGCCCAUCUCGAGGAUCGAAGAGAAAGGCCAAGCCCGCCGUUGCCAACGAUUACGCAAGAGCCUACGGUCUGUCUUUUCCGAGGCAAUGCCCAUAUUCGCCGAGCAAUGUGGUCUGCUUAAGGGCUUGAUCGAGGAAGAUGACCUGGAAAAGUAUCUCGAUGUCUACGACGUGAGCAAUCCGGACCUGCAAGAUGCUGCCCAAGGCUACUCGGAAGCGGAAUUCGAAGAUGCCGAAACUUUAAAGGUUCUGAGAGUUCUACAGUAUCGCCUAUUUACUUUGAGAAGAGUUUACCUGUGCUCUCUGCUCGCGCUCGAAGCGGAUGGUGGAAAGCCCGACUUCGUCCGAUGGAGAUCGGUUGUAGAUUCGUUGACGACUCUUGCCGCGACCACGGGAGACUGGAGUGAAAAAUUCAAUCGCGUACUGGGAGAAGAGGAGCAGUUCAUUCUUCCAUCACCCCUCAAAGUUCAAUCGACACCCAACCGGGACCGUCUACGGAAUUCUGUCCGAAAGCUGGGCGGCUUGUCUCAGGGCAUUCGCGGUCUGCAAGCGAAAAUGCAGAUUCUCCGCGAAGAGUCACACAAAAGCUUGGAGGAAUCUGAUGACGUAACUGACCUCGGGGCACAUCUCAUGUCGCAAUACGACUCCAUCGGGGCUGAUCUCAAGAACCUGAUUCAAGCAUGGGAAGCCGGCAGGAGUGCUUUGGCAGUAAAUAUCGAUCGACAGGAGCGACGGAUGUCGUUGGCAUCAAGCGGUUUGCGGUCUCCAGUUCCCAGUCUCGGCGGUUUGACUGCUGUUGAAGAGGGAACGCCAAUGGACGCACUUCGCGCAUUGAACGGCGACAGUCCCCAGCAAUCUGCCCCGCCCAGCAUAGGGAGUAAUUCCGACGACGAGAUUUUCGAAGCGAUUGCUAUCCCCAAAACCCGGCUGACUAUGACGAGGGAAGAGCGAAUGCACAAAAUUGCGGAAGAUCGAGUACGGCAAGCGUCUGCGCGAGAGCAACGUGAAUCUAGCAACAACAUGCUCAAAGAACUCGAAUCAGUCAUCAACCUUCGACCGCAAAGAGUUGGCCCUAAAGGAAGAAUAACAAGCAUCUGA